UUUAGAUGUUAAAGAUUGGAAAGACUUGACUGCAGUUGCUGCUGCCAAGAGUGGCACAAACAAUUAUGGAGCCAGGAUAAUUACUUCUCCACAUUUACACAGAUUUCUUUUUCCUCCUAUAAAAUAAAAUCAUUUAAAAAUGGCAUUUCAUAUUAAUUUCCCACAUCUCGGUCAUGCUGAAAUCUAUUAAGGAUCUGAACUGUUUUCUCAUUAUUCUUUUUCACAGCAUUUUAUACAUAUAGUCUGGCUGAAGAAGAAUUAAUUCCACAUCACGCUCCUCCGUCAGGCGAGAAGGUUCAAGGUUUGAAUCCCAGCUGAGCUGUCUUCCUGUUUUUCUCCAUCCUCCUCCAACAGUUCAAAAACAUGCACGCUUUGAGACUGGAGGGGUAGCAGAGGUAAGGCAGCGCAAAUAUCCUUAUUUACAACUUGAUUAUGUAAACAACCGGGACACCCUGAGCGUCAAACAAUCUCUGGAGGAAUUGUACGCGGCGUGUUGUGAGGGGUCGCCGUUUAAAUGGGCCGAUGCAGAAACAGCGUGCUCACUCCGCUCGAAUGUCAAAAAACAGGCUGUCCUAUCACUAGCAAAACGGUGACCUUACAGCGGAUGAAUUACCAUCUGCUCGCUGCUCCAGCUCCACUCUAAUAAGCCCAGGAUUGUUCAUGGAAACAGGAGGGGAAAAAAUCCAAUAGAAAUGCGUUUGUAAGUCCGGGCUGUGAGUAUUUGCAUGGCGAUGAAGGCCGCGAGUGUUCUGCACUGACUGAGAUGCGAGUCUCAGACAAUACAAGCUGUGUUUGUUCUUCCCGGGGAAGUUUGACGAGGACAGAAAGGAGAAGAAGGAGGAGCAGGAGAAGAAGAAGGGUAGGUCUUCAGUGCAGGGAUUACACGUUUGUCAUUGUGGCGACUCUACGGUUUUCCAGUACCAUGGUGUUUUGUUGAGCAGAUUGCGUUCCUUCACACCCAGCAGGGAUCUCUCUCGUGACUUGGCAGACGCAGAAUCUCAAACAGUUUUGGGCAUGUAUAACAUCAUACCAGGAGGGAAUGCACAACUGCCAGGAUCAUGGGUUACUCUGCUGGCAAAUGAAGAAUUAGCAGAACAGGAGAAGAGACCCUAGAAUCUCCCGCCCACUCAACAGAGAUGCAGAUAAAAUUCACUCGAGGACUGUAAAAAUGCCCACCUCCAGAGUUUUGGCGAUAGUGACGGUCUUUUCCAUGAUUCCCGGUGGGAUCCUGAGCGACAUUAAAGGCUCUCGGGGUUUGGAGACGCAACAUUUGGCCCAGAAGUCCACUUAUCCUCAGCGACGCCUGAAGCGAAGCUGGAUAUGGACGCAGCCGUUUGUCCCUGAGGAAGAUCCCUCUCUUGGCGUUAUUGGGCAGAUCAAAUCCGACUCUGACCGAGGCGAUUUAUCCAUCAAGUACAUAUUGACAGGAGAAGGUGCUGGAAAUAUCUUUGAGAUAGAUGAGUAUUCUGGUGAGAUCAGGAAGCUGAAAAAGCUUGACCGUGAGGAAAAAGCCUUCUACGUCCUUCAAGCCCAAGCUAUCAACAGAAACACCAAUGAGCCUGAGGAGCCCCAGUCAGAGUUUAUCGUCAAGGUUCAGGACAUCAACGACAAUGUUCCUCAGUUCCAGAACGAGCCGUACGUGUCCAGCAUCCCGGAGAUGAGUCCAGCUGGGACCACGGUGGCGCAGGUGACAGCCACAGAUGCGGAUGAUCCCAUGUUCGGAAACAACGCAAAGCUUAUCUACUCCAUCCUGCAGGGGGAGCCCUACUUCUCUGUGGAGCCAAAGACGGGGAUUGUUGUGACAUCUUGGCCUGACCUGGACCGGGAAACUCGAGACGAGUACCUGGUGGUGAUCCAGGUGCAGGACAUGCUGGGCCUCAGCGGCGGUUACUCUUCCUCCACCACACUCACGGUCAUCCUGACGGACGUCAACGACAACGGACCCACGUUCCAGCGCCAGCUUUACACCUUUAAUGUCCCGGAAAAUGCAGCCAUUGGCAGCACAGUGGGCAGAAUCAUAGCAGACGAUGGAGACAUUGGCAUCAAUGCAAGAAUGACAUACAGUCUGGAGGACGACCUGGAAGAGAGCUCCACUUUCAUCAUCAAAACAGACCCAGUGACUCAAGAGGGACAGCUUCUGCUGGCAAAGCCUUUGGACUACGAAUCCAAAAGACGGUACAAAAUGGCUGUAGAGGCCAUUAAUGAUCACGUCGACACACGGUUUCUGCCUCUGGAGGAGUUCAAGGACAGCACGGCCAUCAAGAUCGUGGUGAGGGAUGUAGACGAGCCUCCAGCCUUCGUCUCGCCAGUCUACGAGUGGAAAGUUCCUGAAAAUGCGGCUGUGGGAACAGUGGUUGGCAGCAUUAGUGCCAGAGACACUGACACACACAACAGUCCCAUCAGAUACUCUAUUGACAAAAGGAGCGAUGCCACCAAGUCGUUCAGAAUAGACGCAAACAAUGGAACCAUAGCCAUCGUGAAAGCUUUGGAUCGAGAGACUUCAAGCUGGCAUAACUUUACCAUCGAAGCAAAAGAAGAAACGCAGAACCAUUUAUCCUCCUCGGUGGCGGUGUUCAUCAAAGUGCUGGACAUAAACGACAACGUGCCAAGGCUUGCAAGAGAUUACCAGCCAUAUAUCUGUGAGGGCACGCAGGCGGGAGAACUCAUUCAGCUCCUCAGUGCUGUUGAUGUCGACAACCCUGAGGAGGGACACCACUUCUAUUUCUCCAUGGUCCCAGAGAAGCACAUCAAUCCAAACUUCACCAUCAGAGAUAAUCAAGACAAUACAGCUGGCAUUGUGACACGCAGGAGUACUUUCACCCUCAAAGAUCGUGCCCUUUACUUUCUGCCUGUGGUGGUGGCGGACAGCGGCACUCCGACCCUCUCCAGCACCAGCACUUUGACCAUCAGUGUGUGCAGAUGUCAACCUGCAGGCCAUUGUCCCACCGCAGGGGUGGAGAGACUGCUUCUGUCUCUGGAUCCUGGCCUGCAAACAGUUUUAGGGAUUCUCGUUUGCCUGGUCACUAUUUCAGUGCUGUCAGUUCUAAUGCUGCUGUUGAGGAGACACAAGCGCAAGCAGCAGGAGGGGCUGGAUGUGGGCUUGAAGGAGCUGGAGCUGCCCGACACCGUUUCACAAAAAGUUCUCCAUUAUGGAGAAACUGGAGGGAGAAGGGUGAACUUCUGCCAGCCCGCCAUCCCACUGCACCCCCAACCGAGGAGGCGGGAGAGGAGGCUGCGGAAGGAGGAGGUCAGGGCCAGCAUACGGAUGUCACUGGGAGAGUCCCACUUCAUUGGGCCGGAGGACGAGGUCUUCCGGCAGUUUAUUCUGGACAGGCUGGCCGAGGCUGAUCAGGAUCCAUACGUUCCACCGUUUGACUGCCUUCAAACGUACGCAUACGAGGGCUCAGGGUCUCCCACUGGGUCUCUGAGCUCACUGGAUUCUCUCACAGGGGAGACUGAACUUGUCCAACCCCUUUAUAAUCCCAGAGCUCACGUAGUAAAACUCAGCCCUUGGUGCGGCAGUGGAGAGGAGGACACAACCUUCUGAGGGCACCUUCCAUUUUAGAGCUGUUUUAUGACCGUGAUAAAGAAGGCAGCGCAUGUCAGGUAAUCAUUUGUCAGCAUCAUUUUGAAAGAGACUUGCUUUGUAAGCAAUCUUUCUUAUUUUUUGGAAAAAACUGGGUGUGUUUUAUUUUUGUUGUUGUCGUUUUAACCUGGCAGGCCUGCCGACUGCAGAUUCACUGUGACAGCGUGUGCAAUGAUAAAGUGAAUUUAGACACUUUGAAGCCAUCACUACGCACACGGCCGCGAGAUAUUACUGAGAAAAUACCAACAAUAUCAUCCCCAGACACCAAAAUUGGUGAGAACAUAUUGAAUCCGCUGCCUGACAGCCCACUUAGCUGUAUGAAUGAAUUUAUUCCAAAAUUGACGAGAAACUUUGAAGUCAAAUGUGCAGAAAAUCCAUGGCUACAAUCUGAAGAUUAAACUACAUUGUACAAGCAAAUAGACAAAAUAAAAGUCAGAAAUGAUUGAUUAAAAAGAAGGGCAUGUUUUGAUUAAAAAAACAAAAACAAAUUUUAAUGAAAUGUAGCUAAAACUUCUGAAAAAACUGAAAUUACUUCUUUUUUUUUUAACUUCAAGCUGUUUUCUGAAAAUGCUGUUCAACAUUUAUACAAACCAUUUACUUCUGGAUAAUCCAACUUAUUUCAAUAUGCAAGAUUUAUUAUUUCUUUCCGGAAAUCUAGAUUUAUUGUUGGAAAGGUAUUUAAAGUUUCCUUCUAGCAUUAACUUUUUCUGUUAAAUUAUACUCUCACAAAUGUCUACAAUGGUAAAUGCUGUUUCUUCUUCCUUUUUUUUUAUAAUGGAGAAUGGAAAUGGCUUAAAAUGGUUAUAUUUUGUGAAAAUUAAAACCUAUAGCUCUGAAACUAAGAUAUGUAUUCUGUUUGUUGUCUUUUCUAAUGCCUUAAUUACCAUCUUAAUGCAAAUUCAGGCUGCAUUUUAUUCAAAAAAUACAUACGUGACAUUGUUUUACUCAAUAUAUGUAAAAUGUAAUAUAUUUCUAUUAUUUAUAAAUUAAUAUUAUUUAAUUUAAAUGACUUUGCUUCUGCAGCUUUAGUGCUUUACAACUAAAAAACAUUAACUGUUCUAACCCCAUUAAAUCAGGUGUUUUUAUGUUUGAAUUUUACAGACUUUUGGCUCAAUCAAACCAAUGUAUUUUCUAUUUUUUAUGUGUAAUUGUUACUAUUUACAAUAAACAGUUAAUAUCC